AUGACGUGCUCACACUCUGUGCAUCAUGUAACGUCGGCCGUCGGGCGCAUCGUGAUUAAAAUUUCUUUCCACCUCUCUCUUUUACCCCUCUCACUUUACACCUGUAUCUCUCUAUUUUUUCACCUGUCUCUUUACCCCCAUCUCUCUCUCUCUCUUUCCACCUCUCUGCUUACAACUCCAUCUCAAUCUCUUUCCACCUCUCUCUUUCCACCUCUCUCUUUUACCCUCUCACUUUACACCCGUAUCUCUCUCUCUUUUCACCUGUCUAUUUACACCCAUCUCUCUCUUUUUCCACCCCUCUAUUUACAACUGUCUCUCUUUCUCUUUCCACUCUUUUCUCUUUACACCCGUUUCUCUCUCUCUUUUCACCUCUCUCUUUACACCCAUCUUAAUCUCUUUCCACCUCUCUCUUUCCACUUCUCUCUUUCUAUCUUCUCUCUUUACACCCUCUCUCUUUUACCCUCUCACUUUACACCCGUAUAUAUCUCUCUCUUUUCACCUGUCUAUUUACACCCAUCUCUCUCUUUCCACCCAUCUAUUUACAACUGUCUCUCUUUCUCUUUCCACUCCUUUCUAUUUACACCCGUUUCUCUCUCUCUUUUUACUUCCCUCUUUACAGCCAUCUCAAUCUCUUUCCACCUCUCUCUUUCCACCUCUCUCUUUCUACCUUCUCUCUUUCCACCCUCUCUCUUUUCACUCCCUCUCUCUUUCUACCAUCUCUCUGUGACUGCUCUUUCCCUAUCUAAUUGUGUCACAUCUAUCUAUCUAUCUAUCUAUCUAUCUAUCUAUCUAUCUAUCUAUCUAUCUAUCUAUCUAGGUGUAUUCCUAUCUAUCUAUCUAUCUAUCUAUCUAUAUAUCCAAAAUCACAUUCAUUCCUAA